UUUGCACUCCAAAGGAGUUCAACGAGUACAGGCACUACCUAACCAGGAUCAAGCUGCAGAUAGAGAAGAUCUUGAGGCAGCAAGAGGAAAGCAAAGAGACCUCCCUGAAAUCAGGGAGAUUGAGAAGAGGGAAAAUAGCUUUGGACAAGGGCCAAACCUACUCCAGAGCCAAGCUGGGUGUUGCUGCUGACUCCCAGAGGAAGCCAAACAACACUGCUGGUUUCUUGAAUGCUGUCUUUGAGCAGCUGACUGCAGCAGAAGCCCAGAAGCUCCAAGAGGUGGUUGAGGCCAUUGUGUACAAAGUGUUUGCAAGGCUGAAGGUUCCUCGACACUUGCGUGUCACCUUUUUAAGGAACAGUGCUCAGAGGAUCAGAGGAAGUGCUUUCAGCAGGUGCAUGAGAACACAGCCUGCAGGGACACCUCUAGACCACCGUCAGGAAAUAGAAAUGGUGGCCAAGGAGCUUCUAGCUGUGGUGUUGGAGAUCUUGGGGAAUCAUCUGGAGUCCAAAGCUUUUGAGCCAGGGAGGGCAGCCCAGUGGAAGGAGAAGCCUGUUGAUGGAGGAGCCAUCCAAGCAGACAAAUCCAAAGAAGCUGACACAGCCUGCUCAGACAAGGCUCGUAUACAGGCUGCCCUUGACAAUCUCACCAUUCAAGUAGUUAAGAAUGUUAACUGCCUCUUGAAAUCCAUGAUAGCUUCUCAGUUUGAAGGAGACUCCAGCUACGAGUACACUGAAAUCCUGAAGCUUCCCAGAGGUAAGGUCUCCAACAGACAGAUGCAGCCAGGAUUCCCUGGAGCAUCCAAACAGCAAAGCCAAGAAGCGAGCAUGAGACUGAAGUUGUCUCCCUUAGGACCACAGCUCCAUGCAGAAGGGACAGGCUAUGCCAAAACCAUGAAGCCUAAGCAUCCUGCUAUAGUGAAGGGGAGCUUGGUGAGAGAAAGGAAUCCAGCAACCUCAGACAACACUUUGGACAUAAGGACCAUGGCAAAUCAGAUUGUUCAGCCCAUGUUAGAGUGGGUUGUUUAGCAUGGGCUUGCACCAACACGCAGACAGAAUUUUCAGUGACCUGUCCCAAAUCCAGCCACAUUCCAAGGCGGAGAGGAGAGCUGUGCUGCUGAGAACACUCUCCCCUCUGUGAAGCCAAAGUUUUCCCAACAGCCUGUCCCUCUGGAGGGUCCGAAGGCCCCUGCCCAGGCCGGAGCACAGCACAGAUCAGUGCAUCCAAAACUUGUCUGAGGCAAGCAAGGGGUGUGGCAGGAGAGCUGUAGGGUUUGCUUCUAGAUAGCAAACCUCAAACCCUUGUUCCAUCAAUAAAGA